AUGAUGUGCGAGGUGAUGCCGACCAUCUCGGAGGACGGGCGAGGCGGCGGAGGAGGCGGCUCCGAUGAAGGAGGCAGCACGGGCAACCUGGAGUCGCUGAUGGUGAACAUGCUGACGGAGAGGGAGAGGCUGCUGGAGAGUCUGAGGGAGACGCAGGACAGUCUGGGGACGGCCCACCUACGUCUGAGAGAGCUGGGACAUGAGAAGGAAUCCCUCCAGAGGCAGCUGUCCAUCGCCCUGCCACAGGAGUUUGCAGUGCUGACCAAAGAGCUGAACCUCUGCCGGGAACAGCUGCUGGAGAGAGAGGAGGAGAUCUCCGAGCUGAAGGCAGAGCGAAACAACACACGACUGCUGCUAGAACAUCUGGAGUGCCUGGUGUCCCGUCAUGAGCGUAGCCUGAGGAUGACCGUGGUCAAGAGGCAGGCCCAAUCUCCGGCCGGGGUCUCCAGUGAGGUGGAGGUCCUAAAAGCCCUCAAGUCCCUGUUCGAGCACCACAAAGCGCUGGAUGAGAAGGUCAGAGAAAGGCUACGGGUGGCUUUGGAGCGAGUUGGAGUCCUGGAGGAAGAGCUGCAGACUUCCUCUCAAGAAGUUGUGUCUUUAAGGGAGCAAAUCAAACGGCGGCAGCAAGGACUAGACAACGGCAAAGAGGUAAUUUGACGCCGGCUGCCUAACGGACCUUCCUCCAUCGUGGAUGACGGAGAGGUGGACAGGCAGAGAGAGGGCGAGAUAGAGCGACAGAGGUCAGAGCUGGGCCAGCUGAAAGAGAGACUGGCCCUCAUGUGCAGACAGGUCGGGGAGAUCGAGGAGCAGCUGACAUCGGCCAGGAGGGAGCUGGCCAGAUCAGAGGAGGCCAACCAGAAACUACAGAGAGAUGUGAAAGAGGCACUCUGUCAAAGGGAAGACAUGGAAGAAAGAAUCACCACAUUAGAACGCAGGUACCUCAGCGCCCAGAGGGAGGCGACGUCUCUCCACGACAUAAAAGAUAAACUGGAGAACGAUUUGGCCAGCAAAGAGUCUCUCUACAGACAGAGCGAGGAGAAGAACCGGCAGCUUCAGGAGCGUCUGGAUGAUGCCAAGCAGAAGCUGCAGCAAACCCUGCAGAGGGCCGAGACGCUGCCUGAGAUAGAGGCCCAGCUCGCCCAGAGAGUGGCGGCGCUCAACAAGGCGGAGGAGCGCCAUGGCAACUUUGAGGAGCGACUGCGACAGAUGGAGGCGCAACUGGAGGAGAAGAACCAGGAGUUACAGAGAGCGAGGCAGAGGGAGAGGAUGAACGAUGAACACAACAAGCGACUCUCCGACACGGUGGACAAGCUCCUGUCCGAGUCCAACGAGAGGCUGCAGCUCCACCUGAAGGAGAGAAUGGCCGCCCUGGAGGAGAAGAACGCCUUAUCUGAGGAACUCUCCAACAUGAAGAAACUCCAGGAUGAUCUCUUGGCAAACAAGGACCAGCUCAUAGCGGAGUUGGAGAGGAUUCAGCUGGAGUUAGAUCAGCUGAGAGCGAGGCCCGGAGGCUCUUACUCCAGUCGCUCUCUUCCGGGCAGCGCUCUGGAGUUGAGGUAUUCCCACGCGAGCGGAUCCCUCCCCACAGGGUCCACCACACAUCUGGAUCCCUUUGGUAACGCCUCCACCGGGGGUGUGGUUAGGCGAAGCCACCGAGCACGUUGGAGCUCCGCCCGAGAGGAUUCUACGAAGUAUCCCGACUGGGAGAGCGGUGCUCUGCUGGGGACCGGGUACGAUCACGGCGUCGAUGUGGGUUGCUCCGACGACGACGACGACGGGGACCAUCGGUUUGGCUCCGAGCUGCUGUCCCCGAGCGGACAAACGGACGUUCAGACUCUGGCCAUCAUGCUGCAGGAACAGCUGGAGGCCAUCAACAAGGAGAUCAAACUGAUCCAGGAGGAGAAGGAGAACACAGAGUUGCGGGCCGAGGAGAUCGAGAGCCGGGUCAGCAGCGUGGCUCUGGACAGUCCGCCCAUCCCUCCGUCCACCCUGGGGAGAGACAGCACAGGACGGGGCUUCAUCCCCUCCUCCAUCACAUCCUCCACCCUGGCCUCCCCUUCUCCUCCCAGCUCUGGACACUCCACCCCUCGUCUGCCUCACUCCCCAGCCCACGAGAGCGAUCGACAGAACAACGAUCGGUCUCUUGCUCUUCUCGACUCCACACCUCCUCCGACUCCUCGCGCGCUGCGAUUGGACAGGAUGACCCUCACCCAUCCAGGGGCGAUGCUCGACGACCCUCGGGAGUUCCGCAGUCUCUCAGCAGAUGGCAGCAGCUCCAACAGCAGCCAAGACUCCCUCCACAAGUCCAGUAAGAAGAAAAGCAUCAAGUCUUCCAUCGGUCGGCUUUUUGGAAAGAAGGAGAAAGGGAGGAUGGGCCAGCCUGGACGGGAUGGAUCUGCUUCUCUUGCAUCUACACCUUCUGAAGACCUGGCCUCUGGAGAUCCCAUGGGGAUGAACAAGACUGGGACUUUGGGUCCAGCAGAUAAAGACCGCCGCAGCAAGAAGAAGCAUGAGCUACUGGAAGAGGCAUGUCGCCAAGGACUUCCCUUUGCAUCUUGGGAUGGACCCACUGUUGUAUCUUGGUUGGAGCUGUGGGUGGGAAUGCCUGCCUGGUACGUUGCAGCCUGUCGUGCCAACGUGAAGAGCGGCGCGAUCAUGGCCAACCUGUCGGACACGGAGAUCCAGCGUGAGAUCGGCAUCAGUAACCCGCUGCACCGCCUCAAACUGAGACUGGCUAUCCAGGAGAUGGUUUCCCUCACCAGCCCCUCUGCCCCGGCCAGCACUCGCUCUUCGACCAGUAACGUUUGGAUGACCCACGCUGAGAUGGAGUCUUUAAACGCAGCCAUCAAGCCUCCGCUGAAAGAGUUCAGCUGGGAUCAGAUACUGGCCUACGGCGAUAUGAAUCAUGAGUGGGUGGGCAACGACUGGCUGCCCAGUCUGGGCCUGCCACAGUAUCGCAGCUACUUCAUGGAGUCCCUGGUGGAUGCCCGCAUGUUGGACCACCUGACCAAGAAGGAGUUGAGAGGACAACUCAAAAUGGUGGACAGCUUCCACAGGGUCAGUAUGCAUUACGGCAUCAUGUGCCUGAAGCGCCUGAAUUACGAUCGCAAGGAGCUGGAGAGGAGGAGAGAGGAGAGCGUCCACCAGAACAAAGAUGUGAUGGUGUGGUCCAAUGAGCGUGUGAUGUGCUGGGUGCAGACUAUCGGUCUGAAGGAGUACGCAGACAACCUCCGUGAGAGCGGAGUCCACGGCGCUCUGCUGGCUCUAGACGACACCUUCGACUACACCGACCUGGCUCUGCUGCUGCAGAUCCCCAAUCAGCACACGCAGGCCAGACAGCUCCUGGAGCAAGAGUACAACUCCCUCAUCUCCAUGGGGACCGAGAGACGACCCGAUGAGGAUGGAACUAAGACAUUCACCCGCUCGCCCUCCUGGAGGAAGAUGUUUAGGGAGAAAGACCUUCGGGGCGUGACCUCCGACUCCUCCGAGACCCUGCCUGCUAACUUCCGUGCCUCAGCCAUCUCCACGCCCUCGGUUACCCUGAGAAAGGUUCAGAGUGACGCCAACUCUGGUGCUCGGGGUGAAUCUGCCUCAGUGAGGACGUACUCCUGCUGA